AGGACCGAGCCGCUGGCUCUCUGGUAGUAGGAGUGGUUGGUAAUUGGGGUCCUGAGCUCACGGGUGACGUGGCCCUCACGUGAGCAGGAGCAGACGUGUGCAGACUUCUUUUGAAUCCUGCCGUUCCGAUCGGGCUGCCUCCCCGGGGUGCCUCGAGGGCGGCCGGGCGGCCGAGCCCACUCCGGCAGGGCGCCGCGCGACCCGGAGCCGAGGCACAAAGGAAUCAGGACUCUGGCCCAGCGUCCCCACAGCUCGUGCGGGAAAGGAGGGUGGCGUGAGGAGUCAGGGGUGAGAUCUCUUUGACGGCCAGCACCCUGGAUUCGGAAGAGCUGGGCGCUGCGACUUGCCGAAGUUCUCUUCCCCCGCCUCGUCAUCACCGUGGUGGUCCCCGUGUGCAUCCGUGGAGCCCUCCAGAAAUAGGAAGAAGCGGGAACUUGCCCCGAAACAAACUUGCAGAACGAAGUACCCUACAGGACUAGAAAGAAAAGGAAGAAACUGCUUGACCCCCGAAGGUGCCCUCGAGGUGCUCUUGCACCCAGGACCUCUGAAGGGUCAGGUCGUGCUAUAUCGGUGGCGGCAGCAGCAGCGGAACCUGCCAGUUGUAGCUGACGACCACACUACUCCUGGUCAGGGCAAACUCUUGUGCCUGGGGUUCAGGCAUUUGUCCCCAGCAUGGGCCGUACAAGGGAAGCUGGCUGUGUGGCUGCUGGUGUGGUGAUAGGGGCUGGUGCCUGCUACUGCGUGUACAAACUGACCUGGGGAAGAGACGAGAAUGAGAAAAUCUGGGAUGAUGAUGACGACGAAGAAGAUGAGGAAGAGUCUAGUGAUCUUUCAGAGACUGGGGUUGAAACUGGGAAAGCACCUAAUGCAGGGGUGGGGGCUGGAGCUAGACUUCAGAGUGUCUCAAAGGGCAGGGAGGUGGGCGUGCAAUCUGAGGCUAGUCCGGAUGUAAAGGUGGAAGCCAAUUUGAAGGUCCAGAGUGGAGGUGGCCUAGAGGCCAAGGCCAAGGCCCUUUUCAGCACUCUAAAAGAACAGGCAAGUGCAAAGGCUGGCAGAGGGCCCAGGCCGGGUAACAUCUCUGGGACUAGGACCCUUGCACCAAGUUUACCCUUCCCAGCAGGCAGAGGUGGGAGCUGCCACCCCACCAAGAAUGGGACUAAGUCAGGGAGCAGGUCAAGUGGAAAACCUAAGGGAAAGUCCAAAAGUAAAAGCUCAAAGACUUUACCUACAUCCUGGCCUGUUCGCAGAGGUAAAUUCAACUUUCCCUAUAAAAUUGAUGAUAUACUGGGUGCUACUGACCUUCAGAAAGUUCUUAACAUCCUGGAAAGAACGAAUGAUCCCUUUAUUCAAGAAGUGUCUUUGGUCACUUUGGGUAACAAUGCAGCAUAUUCGUUUAACCAAAACGCCAUUCGUGAACUGGGUGGUCUCCCAAUCAUUGCAAAAAUGAUAAAAACAAGAGACCCUAUUAUUCGGGAAAAGGCUUACAAUGCCCUAAAUAACUUGAGUGUGAAUGCUGAAAACCAGGGUAAGAUUAAGGCUUACAUCAGCCAAGUGUGUGAUGACACUAUGAUCUGUCGUGUGGAUUCACCUGUGCAGAUGGCUGGACUUAGACUGUUAACCAAUAUGACUGUGACCAAUCAUUACCAACAUUUGUUGUCUUACUCUUUUCCAGACUUUUUUGCUUUGUUAUUUCUGGGAAAUUACUUCACCAAGAUUCAGACUAUGAAACUAAUCAUAAACUUUACAGAAAAUCCAGCCAUGACAAGAGAACUGGUUGCUUGUAAAGUACCAUCAGAUCUGAUUUCCCUCUUUAAUAAAGAAUGGGACAGGGAGAUUCUUCUUAAUAUUCUCACCCUAUUUGAGAAUAUAUAUGACAACAUAAAAAGUGAAGGACUUGCAUCCUCCCGAAAAGAGUUCAGCAGAAGUUCCCUUUUUUUCUUAUUUAAAGAAUCUGGAGUGUGUGUUAAGAAAAUCAAGGCAUUAGCAAAUCACAAUGAUCUGGUGGUGAAAGUUAAGGUCCUCAAAGUAUUGACCAAACUCUAAGUAGGGAUCUUUUCUAAACAAUAUUAAGACUUUUUUUAGUUUACUUGGGGAACAAUGCAUUUGAUAAUUUUUUGUUACUCACUGUGCUUACAUGGCAGAGAUAAUUUUAGCUGUUAUUUUUGAAUACUAGAUAUCAGAUCAACGGUGAUGCUAGUUGUUAUGCUUGCUUUAAAGUAGACUUUUAAAGAUGCCAAAUGAAUAUUAGUUUAUACACGAGAGCAUUUAUUGAUACUACCAUGUUAACCUAGAUGUUCCUGCUCUUUCCUCUAUCUAAACUAAUAGAGCUAAUUGUGAAUAUGCUGUACUUCUGUAAUGUUUUACAUAUGUUAACCUAAGACUUGUGUUUCACCAAUAAAUUUGUGUUUUAACACAGAAAAGGAAAUUUUA